GUGCUUUUGCUUGCAAGAUGGUGCCAUUUGUGCAAUCUACUGCAAUAGUUACUGAGAUACUUACAAUGACUUGCAUUGCUCUAGAAAGGCAUAAUGGCAUUGUUCACCCUCUAAAAAUGAAAUGGCAGUAUACCCACAGAAGAGCAUAUACAAUAUUGGGCAUUGUUUGGCUGUUGGCUGCUGCUGUUGGCUCACCAAUGUGGCAUGUACAAAGAGUGGAGAACAAAUAUGACUUCCUUUAUGAAAAGAAAUAUGUUUGCUGCUUGGAAGAAUGGCCAAGUCCUGUCCACCAAAAAAUUUAUGCCACUUUUAUUUUGGUCAUUCUUUUCCUUCUCCCAUUGAUGCUAAUGCUAUUGCUUUAUAGCAAGAUUGGUUAUGAGCUCUGGAUUAAGAAAAGAGUUGGAGAUGCUUCUGUUCUCAGGAGCAUUCAUGCAAGUGAGAUGUCUAAAAUUUCUCGAAAGAAGAAGCGAGCAAUUGUGAUGAUGGUGACUGUUGUGGUUUUGUUUGCUAUUUGUUGGACACCCUUCCAUGUAAUGCACAUGUUAAUAGAAUACAGUAAUUUUGAAAGAGAAUAUGAUGAUGUCACUAUUAAGAUGAUAUUUGGAAUUGUGCAGGUAAUCGGAUUUGCUAAUUCCAUUUGCAAUCCCAUUGUAUACGCCUUUAUGAAUGAGAACUUCAAGAAGAACUUCCUCUCUGCACUUUGCUUUUGCAUUAUGAAAGAAAAGUUGUCUCCAUUCAGACAUCACAAAAACUUAAAAAUCACAACGAUGCAGCAUGAGGAAAGGGCCUGUAGAAGAGAGUUGGUCUCCCUGGAAGAGACUAGAAGAGAAGCAUUCAGUGAAGGGAACAUUGAAGUAAAAUUAUGUGAUCGAUCCUUUCCUAAGAAGACCUCUAGAAGACAUCUGGCAUUGUUCUCAUCAGAAUUCACUGGGCACACUUCACUGGAAUCCUAGCAAGAAUGGUUCUUUGUGUUCCAAUAUUUGGCAAUGGUUUUUCAAAUAUUGUAUUUAAAAUGCUUUGCUUAAUAUAUACAACAAAGAUGUUUUGUGUUUGCCUCAAUUGAGGCUAGUAGCUAUUAGGUUUAGAUAUGGUCAUCGCCGCAUUACACAAACAGCCCACACUGGUUGAUUUUCAUUGCCUGAGACUGUUUUCUUUUUCCACCUUUUUUUUAAAAAAAAGUUUUAUGUUGCUUUAUCUUCUGUUUUAUUGUGUGUUUUUAGUACAAGAAAUUAAUCCUUGCCCUGCCAGAUGAACUAUGUUUAGACUAAUGUGUUCCCUUGUUGCCAAUUAGUGUAAUAGUAAAAAAAAUCACAAACCUGUGAUCAUGAAUCACAGCCAUGCAGCUAUUUAAUAUCAUAAUAAUCAGUAUUUGGUUAUUUUUUUAAAUAACUUAAUGUCUCCAUCUUGAAUAACAAAGGAAAAAACCCUAGAAACUUAUUUUCUACAUAAAAAGCGCAGAGUAAGUAUUGAGAAGCAUUUCUGAUAGAGAAAGCAACCUUAAAACCAAUUCAGAAAUCAUUUUUUGAGUUCAGUGGAUUUGAAAACCAGCUAUUAAGUAAACAAUGUAACAUAGUUGCAGUGAAGCCAGUGUUAACCUUGUAAGACCUGUGAAUAGAAUUGGCUUGCCAAGACAAACAACAAUGCUGCUUAAAAGCAAUUUAAGGAUUAGUCAUGGCAGAUCUCACCAAGUUGGAUGGAAAAUAGGUUUUACUUUUCUCCAAAGGAACUUGCAGUGAGAAGCACAUACAGGCUACUAUGCAGCAAAGUUACCAACUCCCCUUCAGUGUUUAACUACAGUUAUUGGCAUAAUCGGCUUAGAAUUUCACCCACAAAUAUGGUAAGCGCUUGAGAAGCAGGAAGCUUUGCAUUUACUACAGAAUGUAAAGGCAGCUGCCAGCACAGCAAGACCGCUUCUACUGCAAGAUGCAUAGACAAAAGACUAAUGUACAAAUAGUUUAAAACUGAAUUCGGAUUUCAAAAUAUCCACCAGCGACUUUAUUUCCUUUUGUAAUAAAUUUGUUGCAAAAUACCACAUACAAUAUAAAAAUGCUUCAUGGUAAUUUCUCCCCAUCUCUUCUCUCUGAAAAGAUUAUGUUAGCACACUUGUUUUUACAAGCUAGAGACAUGAACCACCAUAAGGGCCUUUGGACAUCAAAAGCACAUAAUUCCUGUCUUAUGUGUUGUCCAAUGACCAUUCAGUAGAGCUUCUCGUUACUUUAUGGAAAGCAUUAGUGAGUUAUAGUUUGUACUUACUAAAUUGCAGCUUAAUAUUUGUAUCCCUGUUUCUUUGGCUGUUUAGUCAUUAGUGUAAUCCAAGAUUUGUUGACAACAAUCUCUAGAUUUAUUUUCUUUAUUAGAUUUGUGUGAUGCUAUUUUGUCUAGAGGUGAGGAAUAGCUAGAUAUAUGUAAAUAAGUACAUUGUGAAUACAUAGCACCUAUUUAUAAACUAUGUAAUUUUUUUGCCUUCUUUUUUUGUAUCUAGACUUAUUACUAAUUUGGUUAAAUUCAAACUUAGUUAUUUUGUAACUUUUACUUUAAAGAUGCUAAAGUAUAAACAGAUGUUUAGCUUAGUCAGCACAGCACUUUUGUUUUUAUAUUAAUAAUACUGCUCUAUUAUUUUUGAUCCCUGUCUUUGCUUACUGGAGCAAAACAAUAGUUUGUAACAUUUUGUCAGAAAAGUGAGAAAAUGGCAUUUUCCUGGCUUAACUAGAAAGCCUAAUGAAACAUUUAAUGUUAUCUAUUACCGUAUUUUUCGGAGUAUAAGAUGCACCUUUCCCCCCUAAAAGAGGGUGAAAAUUUGGGUGCGUCU